AUGUCUGCUGAAGGCGAUAAACGAUCAGUCGACGUUCAAGAUGCUGCGUAUGGCAUCAAUGAGGCCAGCGAGCAUGUUGAUGAGAAGAAGGGUAAUGCGGCGGAUCGCGCUGACAUGUACCGCAUGGGAAAGACUCAAGAGAUGACGAGAAACUUUCGCUUCUUGUCCAUCUUUGGCUUUUCCAUGAUUCUAAUGGCAUCUUGGGAAUUCUCCCUCAGUGUCUCGACAAUCGGUCUCGUCAACGGCGGCACGGCAGGUCUCAUCUGGAUGUUCUUCGUCUGCUGGAUGGGCUUCCUCCUCGUCAACACCUCUAUGGCCGAAAUGGCUUCAAUGGCUCCUACGACAGGAGGUCAAUACCACUGGGUAUCCGAAUUCGCACCCCCGCAAUACCAGAAACUCAUUAGUUACCUCAUGGGCUGGAUGUGCGUCCUCGGCUGGCAGACAUCAUGCGCUUCAUCAGCCUUUAUCGCCGGAACGCAAAUCCAAGGCCUCGUGGUGCUGAACUACCCCGAAUACGUCCCCAAGCCAUGGCACGGAACACUCCUCACCAUCGCUGUAGCUGCGUUCUCAGUUGUCUUCAACACACUCCUCGCUAGAAAGCUGCCCUUGAUUGAAGCGACAGUUCUAGUCAUUCACAUUUUUGCCUUCUUCGGAAUCUUGGUCACACUCUGGGUUCUCUCACCACGCGCUGAUGCCACAGCUGUGUUUACCGAGUUCACUGACGGCGGAGGCUGGGGAAGCAUCGGUGGUUCAACGCUCGUUGGUAUUCUGGCGGGUGUGCUGCCGUUGCUUGGUGCUGAUGCUGCUGUGCAUAUGUCUGAGGAACUGCGUGAUGCGAGCCGUACUCUGCCAAAGGCUAUGAUCUCAACGACUGUUUUCAACGGUGCCUUUGGCUGGAUCAUGGUUAUCACUUACUGUUUCUGCAUCGGUAACCUUGAGGAGGUUAUUGCUUCGCCAACAGGAUACCCCUUCAUGCAGGUCUUUUUGAACUCGACUCAGUCGACGAGUAGUGCUACUGCGAUGGCGUCUUUCCUGGUCAUCAUGACUGGUUUCUCCAACCUUACCAUGGUAGCUACAUCGUCUCGUCAGCUCUUUGCCUUCGCACGAGAUCACGCUGUUCCGUUCAGCCCUUGGUUUUCCAAGGUCCCUACAGGAUGGGAUGUACCAAUCAACGCUAUCCUGACAACCUUCUUGAUCUCGAGUCUCCUGUCUCUUAUCAACAUUGGUUCAGCAGUCGCCCUCAACUCAAUCACUUCACUCGCAACAACAUCCCUUCUAUCGAGCUACAUCGUUUCAAUCGGCUGCAUGAUCUGGCGAAGAUCCACAAAUAGUCCUCUUCUUAAGUCCAAGUUCAGUCUUGGAAGAUGGGGUCUUUCUGUCAACAUCAUCUCCGAAGCCUUCCUCAUCAUCAUCUUCGUCCUGGCUUUCAUGCCUGGAAAUCCCAACCCGUCUCCAUCAGAGAUGAACUGGAGCAUUCUUAUUUACGGAGCUGUGGCGGUGUUUUCCGUGGGAUAUUAUUUAUUCCGGGGAACCCAUCAUUAUGAGGGCCCAGUAGCAUAUGUCAGAAAACUUGAACAGUAG